AAACACCGAUAAGAGUUCAGAGUGAGACUGAAGACGGACAGCUGAUGGGUCAGAUUCUCUGUCAGUGAUCCACAUCUGCGUGUCUGUUCCUCUCAGGUGGGUUCUCCGAGUUCUCCCACCUGUUUCCUGGUCUGUGUGAGGGGAAGUCCACGCUGGUCCCCUCCUGUAUCUCUCAGCCCUGCCUGCCCGUCACCAACAUCGGGCCGACCCGCAUCCUGCCUCACCUGUACCUGGGCUGCCAGAGAGACGUCCUCAACAAGGAUCUGAUGCAGCAGAACGACAUCGUCUACGUCCUGAACGCCAGUAACACCUGCCCCAAACCGGACUUCAUCCCAGAGUCUCACUUCCUCCGAGUUCCUGUGAACGACUCGUUCUGCGAGAAGAUCCUGCCCUGGCUGGACCGGUCCGUGGAGUUCAUAGAGAAAGCUAAAGCGUCCAACGCUCGCGUCCUGGUUCACUGUCUGGCUGGAAUCUCGCGCUCGGCCACCAUCGCCAUCGCCUACAUCAUGAAGAGGAUGGACAUGUCGCUGGACGAGGCGUACAG